AUAUUCAACAUAAACAGUAUAUAAGUUGGAGAAUCACGUAUAAUUUUUAAAGUCUUCUGUUACGUGACAUUAAAAUUUGAAACAAAAAAGAAAUAGUGAACUUCGUCUGAUUAUUCCUGUGUAUUAAAUAUACGAAUAAGUUUGACACCAAGGCGACAUUUAAAUAUCCACUGAGAAAAGUAACUAUAUAUUUAUUAACAAUCAUGAUAAGAUUAGCAAUAAUCUGCUUCCUAAUUUCGAUGAUCAGAAGCGAAGAAUGUGUUUUCAAUAUUGAUGAAGUAGAUGAAUUAAAACAACUUUUCCAUGAUUCUGAACGUCGAAUCGAAGCAGCAACUCGAGGUCAACGUGGAAAUGCGGCAAUUGUCAUAGGCAGUGCAAGAAGUGGCAAAAGUACACUAAUUAAUUACUUGAUGGGAAAUGCAUUGAAAGCUUAUAGAGAGAAUGGUGAAAUUAAAAUAAGAAAAGCUAAUGAAAAUAGUCCAGGACCAGAAAUUGGUGCUGGAUCAGUGUCAGUGACUACAAUUCCCACAAGAUGGAACUCAGAAAGGUCAGCAUUACAGAAUUUGGACUUCUGGGAUACCGCUGGAUUUGAGGACAAUAGAGGUGAAAAGGAAGAUAUAAAUAAUGCCUUUCAUAUGUAUCAUUUGACAAAAAAGGUCGAUUCUCUGAAACUUAUUUUAGUUAUCAGCUAUAACGACAUUACUAGUGGAAAUAUUAAUCAGAUUUUAACACUUUUAAAAACUGUAGAAGGAUAUUUUAAUAACACGUUUGAAGAUAUUUUCCCAAGUAUAUCAGUAAUUAUCUCAAAAGCACCUAACCAAAUUAAUAAUGAUUAUCCAGUCGAUUCUGAAUUCCUCAAUUAUAAAUUAAAUACAAAUUUAUUAUCAAGUCCAGAAUUGGAUAUAUCCGAAGUUUCAAAAGGCUUUGUACGGCAUAUAAUAAAUAAUAACCAACGUGUAGCCUUCUUCAGGAAAGUGAAAAAAGUAGGGAGAGUUACUUCUGACAUCGAUGAUAAUAUUAUUCCAGCUAUUACUAACUGCGAUAGCAUACGCAAGCCAUCUCAUCAGGAUAUAGGUUUCACAUUUUCAGUCAACUCGAAACUUUGCCUGCAAAAGACUAAUGAUGAUUUACUGAACAUGAGGGAAUUUGUAACAUUACAGACAAAAGUGAAUGACUGGUUCAAAGAAAAGUUUGAUGCUUGGAAUAAAGUGGCAGAUAAAAAUAUAUUAAGAGCAAAUGGAGACAAUUUAAAAAUAAUUUUUGAACGUACUGAUAUUUCUUCAUUGAAUACUUCUAAUGCAAAGUUUAAAAUUGAAAUUCUGGAAAAUAGUGAUAAUACUAUUAGAAACUUCAUUGAGGGGAACAAUUUGGUGAAUAAAAUCAGCCUAACUGAAUUUAUUGAUAGUAUAAUUACAACAGAAAAAAUGAUAAGAAUCAAUAUAGCAUUAGAGGCUAUUAUUACAACAUUAUAUGACAGAAUGAUGCACUUGAUUUCAUUAUGUUUAUUGAAGAUUAACGAAUUAACAAUAACAGAACAUGAAGAAAAAAUUAGAAUAGAAAAAGAGUUGAUUGAGAAACAAAAAAUAUAUUUUAAGAAUAAAUUAGCACAACUGAGAGAAAAACCAAAAGAGAAAAGCAUUUGGGAAAUAAUUAUAGAAAAUCUUGCACUGUCUGCGCAAAUGGACAGACGACCAUAAUUUAAAAAAGUAGUUUUAUUUUUCAGUUUUCAUUCCUAAUUUAUAAUCAAUUGAAUAAUUAAUUAUUUCUUAAAAUUGAAUUUUUAUAAAAAAUUUAAUUAAAAUUUUUAAAAUUAAUUGAAUUUUUUCCAAUAUUUUCAGCAAAAUUUAAAUAAAUGUGACCUGAACAGUGAAAAGUGACCUUACGUGCGAAAACAAGUUUUCGAGAAAACAGCAGUUAAAGUUUAACUUAGAAAAACCCUUGUAACUUUUUUAAAUAUUAAUAUUUUUUAAUCAAGUUAGGCUUAUUUUCUUCACCGUGAAUCA